AAUAUUUGGGAGGGUUGACAUACUUAUCUCAAAUCUCAAGCAGAAACUGCAGCGGGUUCAUCAUCGAUGGCUGUCGCCGCCGCUCGUCGCCGCCUGUGGCGCGGGAUGCGAACUGCAGCCGCCGCCACCACCGCGUCAGGCGAGGAGCUGUACGCGUCCCUGCUCUCGCGCCUGGUGGCGGAGCCGGAGUGCCGCGUGAAGGCCACCAUGGAGGAGGCGACCUCCUCGGUCCCGCACCGCGACGGCGCCUUCUGGGAGCCCCUUGCUGCGGCCCUCGUCCGCGCGUCCUACCCAGCCAAGGCGCACCUCGUCUUGGAAUGGAAGCUAGAGAGGCUACUAAAGGAAGGGGUUAAUAGUUAUAAUUGUGAACCCUACUCGACAAUAAUCCGUUUCUGUGGAGAGACAAGGAAUGCAGCUCUUGGAAUGAGAGUCUUUGAGUGUGCAGAGGCACAGGGAAUUCAACUGAACACUGACAUUUUCAAUGCCCUUAUUAACACUUUCUUGUCGGUCGGAGAUCUCCUUGCUGCAGUGACCUUAUACGAGACCAUGGAAGGAAUAGAGGACUACAAACCUGACCGUGCUACAUACGAUGCAUUCAUAUCUGCAUUUUCCUGGCUCCGAAGUGGCGAUGCUAUGAUGAGCUGGUACUUGGCUGCAAAGAAUGCAGGGUUUGUUCCGGGUAUUCAAGCUUUCGAAUCUUUGAUAGUGGGAUUUGUUAUGUUGAACAAGCUAGAUGAUGCUGAGUUAGUCUUCAAAGAAAUGGUUUCAUUUGAAAUGAAGCCAACCUGUACUAUUUUGGAGGCCAAGCUUGAGGUGCUUUCUAGAACAGAAGAGGGUAAUAGGGUCAAAAGUUUCAUAAAACUUGUCAGUGAUGGCGACUGGGAGUUGAAUAAAGCUUUGGUUGACAGACUAACAAGACUAUGCCUGGAUGGAGGUGAAGUUGAUAUAAUGGAGCAGCUGCUCGCCCUAAUACAAAAAGAAGCACACUUUAGUUCUGCAACUCAACUGCAUUGUGGAAUUAUCAGGUUCUAUGCUAGUGCAGAUCUCUUGUCAGAUAUGGAACAUGCAAUAGACCGGAUGUUGGAUGAUGGCAUGAUGUUUCUGUGCCCAGAGGAUGUUGAGGCUGUUAUCUGUUCAUAUUUUCGUCACAAGGCCUUUGAUAGGUUGGAGAUGUUUUUAAACCGCAUCCGAAGUUUGUACAUGCUCACCCGCUCUAGCUACGAUAUAUUAGUUGCUGGAUUUCAGAGGUUUGACUUGCAUCAAAGACUUGAGGCAACCAUAAAAGAUAUGAGGGAAGCUGGAUUUGCAUGAUGUUCCAAAAAAGAGGGAAAAAGGGGUGUGAAAUGUCUUACUUCCCCUCAAAAAGAGAUGAGGGAACAGCUAGAAGAGAGAAGAGAAGUGGGACAGACAACAGGCAGGUUGGCUCAGUUAGUCAGAUGUGGCAACAAUUCCAACCAAGUGCAGUGUCCAGAACCAAAUUUUCCUUUCAGAUUUGUGUGGUCCCAAAAGAAUACCAGUGCCUUUAUGAAGUUGUAGGUUGAUUUGCAUUGCUACAGUGUAAAUCAUGUUCCUUUGCUUUUAUCAAACCAUGCUUCAAUGUAAAGAUGCAGGUAUGAUGCCAUUUACUGACUUGGGAACAUGGUGAUCAAGUGGUUCUCUUGGAUA